AGGACGGAGUAGGUCAAAGGAAGAAGCUGAGUGUGACCUAACGACUUUGUCCUGGAGUUUGUUUGUUUUUUGCUUCAGUGUGGGGUUUUUUAACCUCUAAAGAAGACACGUACUUCAAGGACACAACAAAUUUGAAGACUGCAGAGAUUCUGGCGACCAACACACUUGCUCCUCUGUACUGUUUGUCAUUGAAUGUGGAGGUGACUAUGAUGGAAAGCUGUCUUGGUGAAUGUGUGUGGUGACACUGCCACAAGCCACCUACAAGUCUACAAGAGAAAGACUGGACCGGAGAGAGGGAGCCUUCAUGGGGACCAGAUUUGGACAGUGUAGAACUGCUUUGGCCAGGUGGACCUGUCCUCACACAGAACCUGCAUAUAGUGCUGGUGCAAAUUCACCAAGGCAUAUCUAAACCAAGGAAUCUUUUAAAGGUCUACAGCAUCCUGAAGAGAGGGCAUGGUGUGCUUCUAGCCACCUGUGAAAAUGCCCAAGAAAGACGCCAAGAAGGACGCAAAGAAGGGUGGAAAACCUGAACCAGAGAAAAAGAAAGAGGAGGAAAAGAAAGGGAAGGAUGACAAAAAGGGAGGAAAAGAGGACAAGAAAUCCAGCAAGGAUGAUAAGAAAGGUGGAAAGGAUGAUAAGAAGGGUGGAAAAGAUGAUAAGAAAGCUGGGAAGAAGGGAAAAGAGGAGCCACCUAAGGGGAAAGAUGAUGGAAAGAAAGGAAAAGACAAAGGGAAAAGUAAGAAAGUGGAGUCAGAGGAGGAAGAGGAGGAACUCCUGAGUGAUGAGGAAGAGGAUGAGGAGUUCAGUGAUGAAGAGGAUGAUGAGGAAGAAGACUCAGAGGAUGACAGGAGAGGGAAGGGGCGGGGAGGCAAGGGGGCUAAGGGAUGA